AUGGAUCUCCGGCCUGAAGAUUUCAACCACCCUUAUUCUCCGUAUGACAUCCAACUGGAGUUUAUGCGCGCCCUUUACAACUGUCUCGAGGAGCGAAAAGUUGCUAUUUUUGAAUCCCCUACUGGCGACGAGGGCGAACCAGAAUGGAUGUUGGAAUUUGCAAAGCGCGAAUCAAGCCGUGCCAUCACAGAUAAAAAGAAAGAACUUGAAGAGCGGCUAGCAAACAUAAGACAAGAAGAGGAGAAAUUGAGAGCUGCUCGUGAAAACCUUGAAAGCCACCGGAAGAGACAGAAAACUAGCACAUCAUCUACUGAUUUGGAUGUACAAAACGAGGAUUAUUUUGCGCUAGAUGACUAUGAUAGCGAAAAUGAGGACCGAAUGAUUUCAAAACAACAACCAGAGCACCCUACUGGUCUAUCCGCCAGCACCCUGGAAUUGCUGGAGCAUUUUCAAGGGAAAAUCCCGUCCCGGACCCAGGGAGAGGAUGACGGAGAUGAUUGUGUUAAGAUAUUUUAUUGCUCAAGGACACAUUCCCAACUAACCCAAUUUGUGAGCGAACUACGGCGCAUUGUUCUGCCAUCAAGCAUACCAAAAGAGCUGGAGCUAGGCUUCGUAGAAGAAGAACUUGAGGAGCGAGUUAAGCAUCUGCCUCUUGGCUCUCGCAAGAAUUUAUCACAGAUCGUGACACUUCCAUAUCCUUUGCUCCUUCAGCGAUCAGCCAGAGAAGCCCUCAAUAUUUCUGUCAAGGACCAUAUUGUUAUUAUCGACGAAGCCCAUAACUUGAUGGAUGCCAUAUCCAAUAUUCACUCAGUAACAAUCACACUUUCACAGCUGCAAACAUCUAUUAUACAAUUGACAACGUACGCGCGGAAGUUUAAGGCUCGCUUGAAAGGGAAGAACCGGAGCUAUAUUGCACAGACUAUUAGACUUGUGGGUUCAAUUGCUGAUCAUUUACGAUCUAUCCUAGUGGACACAUCGUCCUUGGAAGGCUGUGUCCAACCUUCCGAUCUCAUGACGGGAAAAGGCGUUGACCAGAUCAACCCUUAUAAACUAUGCCGGUACUUACAGGAAAGCAAGUUGGCGAGAAAAGUCGACGGAUACGCCGAGUUUUCUGCAGGAAAAGCAAAUGACCAGGCGUGGACGAAAUCUACAACGCCAGUCCUCUUCCAUGUACAGAGCUUUCUCUUACCAUUGAUGAACCUCUCAGCCGAAGGAAGACUAUUUUAUUUUAAAAGGCAGGACGAUGUCCAGUUGAAAUACAUGCUUCUUGACCCAACCAAUCAUUUCCGUGAGAUUGUCGAAGAUGCAAGAGCGGUCGUACUUGCUGGCGGAACCAUGUCUCCAAUGACCGAUUAUAUAGACCACUUAUUCUCCUAUGUUCCGACUGAACGGCUGAAUACUUUUAGCUAUGGCCAUAUUAUCCCGCCGGAGAACUUAGUCGUACAUACGUUAGGAAAUGGCGUCCUUGGUUCUGACUUCGACUUCACCUAUGAAAGCCGGAACGUCGAGAAGUUGAUUAUCGAUCUAGGGCGGACAGUAGCAGCACUCUGUCAGGUCAUCCCCGAUGGUGUCGUUGCCUUUUUUCCAAGUUUUGAUUAUUUACAUCGAGUAUUGAGCAUAUGGCAGAAACCCGUCUUAGGCGAGAACUUCAAUACUAUCUACGAUCUGAUUGAGCGCAAGAAGGCUAUUGUGCAUGAGUCACGCGAUAUGACAAUCACUAUUGAGGAGCUUCUUCUGGAUUAUGCUAAAACGAUAGAAUCGGGCCGUGGGGCUCUACUGCUAUCAGUAGUUGGUGGGAAGCUGUCGGAAGGCAUCAAUUUUUCAGACAGACUAGGACGAGGAGUGUUGAUUAUUGGGCUACCCUUUCCGAAUAUGCACAGUGCCGUAUGGCAAGCCAAAAUCCAGUACAUUGAGCAGAAAGCCUCCAUGCAAACCUCUGGCACGGACUCGAAGUCGGCCGCAAAAGCUGCGGGAAGGGAGUUUUACGAAAACUCCUGUAUGCGAGCAGUUAACCAGUGCAUUGGGCGAGCCAUCAGACAUCAGAAUGACUACGCCGCCAUUGUACUCAUUGACAAACGCACCUACGACGGCAUCCCUUCAUCGCCAAAUAUUCUUGUCGAGCUCAGCACCGUCGACAAGAUGCCUACCCGUUUCUCUAAGACAAGGAAACACCGUGGCCAUGUGUCCGCCGGUUACGGUCGCAUUGGCAAGCACCGUAAGCACCCCGGUGGUCGUGGUAUGGCUGGUGGCCAGCACCACCACCGUACCAAUCUCGACAAGUAUCACCCUGGUUACUUCGGUAAGGUCGGUAUGAGAUACUUCCACAAGACCAACCAGCAAUUCUGGAAGCCUACGAUCAACCUCGAUAAGCUGUGGUCCCUUGUUCCCACCGAGAAGCGUGAUGCCUACCUUAGCGGACAGAAGACCGACACUGCCCCCGUCAUCGACCUUCUUCCACUUGGAUACUCCAAAGUUUUGGGCAAGGGUCGUAUCCCUGAGAUUCCUAUCGUUGUCCGUGCCAGAUACUUCAGCCGGGAUGCUGAGAAGAAGAUCAAGGAGGCAGGUGGUGUUGUUGAGCUUGUUGCUUAG